AUGGAUGAAUGGGACAAGUUCAAGAACAUUGCAUGCCAGCCAUACUCACCUUACAUGCUGGUUCUUCUGCAGGCAGCAGUACAAGUCAUUCAGAAGCGGUACGAGAGAUAUCCGCACACCCUUAUACUAUCCAACCCCAUGCAAUUCCCAUCUCAGCAAGAAGUCGACCGAAGCAUGGACAUGGAGCCUCGUGAUGUAUUGAUGCCACCAGUCGACGCUCCUUGGUUUGAAUAUGCGGAUAGGGUCUCCCGGUCUGCCACCUUUGGAGGAGAUAAAGUUACCCCAGCGUUACGAAAUCUCGUGCGUGGUGAAUCUCUUGAUGAGAAAGUAGUACGGGAUUAUUUGCAUCUGUUGAAAACUGCAAGCUCCUCUACCAAGAUCUCCUCCAUCCGGGCACUUGACCCACAUGGGGAGAUUCACAUCGAAUCCGAGGGUUUCGACAUGCCUACCGUCAUUCCAAUGUCUGACGGCCAAGAAUGGGCAUUCGCUGUCGCGUAUCACGACUGCAUCCACUGGUAUGAUAGUAGGCCCGAUGGACGAAGGCCAUGCUUUGCGAUUAGCGGAGGAAGAAAGGUGAUGGAAAACUGGAGAGGGCCGCAGGCGAGCGAGUCAGAAAACUCGAGUAUUUUUAUGCUCAUGGGAGUUAGUCGCAUCAUGCAGCAAAAGCCUCAUGUGAGCCAGAAAACAGCCGAUGAGCACGGCCAUGCGUUUCGAAAGCGUAUGCUCGUCGAACUCCUCGCUGGGCAACUUGAACCCACUCCGGAAUACCUUGCUGAAAAAGGUAUCAUAAAGGGGGUGAGAGUAGAGGGGGAAUCCAUAUUCGUGUCCCAAACAGACUGUCUUAGUCCGUUUUUGCCACAAGAAGAGAAUUCCUUCGACGACGCAAUCGAUAUGACCAUGUGGGAAGACACUGCUGGACGGGUUCGUUCUACAUCUUUGACACGGCCAACCUCAGCUGUUGAAGGCGAAGUUGUGUGCGAAUGUGUAGGUCACGAGGCGGCCAAUGGAGGGCUUCAGAGUGCCUCGGCCUUUUCUUUUCGCCCUAUCCUACCUUCAGGUCCCCUUUUGCAACCAACCGCCUUCGGCGGCAUGAGUGGUUCGCUAACAAUUCUGGAAAAUCUUACAACUGGAUUACGGUUCCUGCGAACGGCAACGGCGUCCGGCUUUGACGAUGAAUAUACGCUCUGGCUACUCGGACAGAGUCGUAAAACAAAUGGAAAGCUUCAGCAAAGAUACCAAAGAGUUCUCUUUAACGAGAAAAUGGAAGAACGAAACAGUCAGAAUUUUGAGAUCAGUAGAUUUCCUGACGGCCAAUGGGACAAAAUGAUGAAAGACUCUAAGCAGUGGAAGAUGUGGAAAGAUCUGCGAGAUAUCGGUAGGAAACACGAUGACCUAGGUGAGUUCGUUACCCUUUGCGCUUUACCGGGAAGCAUGAAUAAAGAGAUCAUGCCGCUUCGGUACCAAGAGAAAUUGGUGGAUGCUUUUGAAAAAGAGAUAGAGAACAAUUCGAGCCCUCUGCGGCAAUGGCUGAGGGACGCCCGCGAAUUGUGCGAAAGCAUAUUCAAGAAGUCUAUACCCGCAUAUCUAGUAAAGCUUGACGAUUAUGAAGCGAGUAGCGAAGAAGAGGUGACCGACACGGUCUGGAGAUCCCUUCUCAGCACGGAUCCAGCUCAAGAUCAUACUGCUGUAGUGGAAUAUGCAUAUCAUGGGUACGACUGGACUGUGGAAGAACUGUAG